CUCUUGUUGAGGAAGGUUGUGUGCGAAAAUAUAAUCUUAAAUCAGUUACUGUGGCAAUAGUGUUAUCUAGCGAAGUUAAACUUUAACCGAUAGAAUACGGCAGUAGCAGCAUCUAAAAUCUAUCUGGGAUACAGUUUAGAUAAAGGUUUCGGUCCUAUCUAAAAGGGGGACUGAAGUUCUUCUCCUGUGCCCCCAGCCUAAGCUGGGAUAGAGAAAAUUAUCCUGUAUCAUCCCAUCACUCUGACAGCUAUGCAAGAAGACUUCCUCUUUGACUGGGGUAAUGGUGAUGGUCUGAUGAUGGAGAGCAGCUUUUCUGGUGGAGUUCCCAUACCUCGACAUCAGCAGUCUCAACUUAUGGACUCCCACAUGCACUCAAAUGGGAAUCUCCUGAGCCGUGCUCUGCAUUCCAAUUCCGGCAUAGCUACUUCAGGAAGCAGCGAUCAGUUUGUUGGGAGUGGAGAUGCUGCAGGCUCUCCUUAUCACCAGAAUUGCAUUUCUCCCCUUCACUACCAGCAAAGUCCUUCUCCUGGAUCUGGAAUGAUUUCUCAGCAAAACCAAAACAGUAUGGGAUUCAGACCUCACAAUGAUUUUAUAUCCUAUCAAGAUAACUACAGCAAUGUAGGCCUGAGCCCACUUCCUCCCAACUCACCUUCCCCUCACAUGUGGCAAACUCAGAGCAUGGACUUGGACGGUGAUGUUUUUAAUAUCAAGCUAGAACCUCUCGAAAUGCUGGGAUGUGAUACAGACUUGCUACAAUUCGACAACACAGAUUCAAAUUUUGCGCCUGACGAUUUUGACUUGCUAAGUCCAAGCCAUGAACAUGUGGUUUAUCAGAACAGCCAUCGUAUUGACGAAAUAAUAUCAAGUGGUUCAGGUAAUGAUCCAACAUGCCUAGAUCCCCAACAUAGUUCCCCUGCAGCCAUGGCUGCUGUACGACCCUCUGAAGUGAUGAACGUAGGUCAUCACUCUAUCAGUCACUCGGCAGGGAGUGGCAACAGUGUAUCCUCUCUAUCUGGCCUUGCUAUCCACUCUGACUUGCAGCCUGCUAUGAACUACCAAAACAAUCAAGAUGAUCAUAUUAUGGACAACCAACAGUCUUCUGAAAUGCAACAUCAGCCAUCGAGUUCUCAGCAGCAGGUGUUGCACUCUCAGUCCUUCACUGACAGCAGCUUUUUACAUUCCCAGUUAAACAGCUGUGGUGGUAUUUAUUCUGGACUCGUAUCUGGAGGCUCCGUUAAAAUUGAACCAAUAACUGACGUUUCUGAUUCUUUUGUAGUUUCCUCUUUCCCUCCUCCCAAUUCAGCUUGGCGAGACACCUUUCAGAGCAACUCUUCGUCCAAUGUGAAAUUUCAGAAUAAUACUUCUCCAAGCCUAAUUUCAAGCCAAUCUCUUAUGUUAAACAGUAAUUCUUCACCAGAACCUUCUAUAGUGCGUGAUCAAGGCAUGCACGAGACACUGGAGCAGCUCCUAAGUCGCGGCAAUAAACCAAUUGUCAGCCAGUCUAUUCCCACUACUGUCUUACAACAACAGCACCAGUUUCAACAUGUUCAACGACCUCAAGCCUCAUCGCUCCAGCAAAGUCACUUGUUGCAAAACCAGCAGCAAGCACAAUUACACAAACUGCAACAAACUACUCAAUUCAUUAAAACGGAGGACCAGACAAAUCAGCCGUCAAAAUAUCGCGAGCAUCAUUCAUUGCACCUUCCACGACACGUUCAUCAUCAAAAAGCGCUUUCACCUACUCAACUGUUGGUAAAUCAACAGAAACAACAAAUCCCGCAUGACAUUUCCCCUCGGCAGCAAAUUCCAUCUCAGAGAGACAUAUAUGCUUUAUCAUUUCCUUGCACACCAAACAACACGCCUGUUCAGUCCGGAUCUCAUAUGCAUUCUACUUUGAAAGAAAUGCUUCAGUCGCCAACUCCCAUCGCUUCUCCUAUUUCGCCUCAAAGUGCUUCCUCUCCGGUCUCUUCAUCUUCACCUCUCCCUGUGUGUUCGCCGGGAACUGCAAAUUCUCCUUUAUUGGCUCAUUCUCCAUUCAACUGCGCUUCUUCUCCUUCCAGUCAAAUCACUGGUUUUGACGACCAGCAGUCUUUUGUUCCUGUAGGCCAGAGUGUCCCAACAAAUAAUGGUCUAGCGUCGCAGUUUACUACAAGUGCACAUCAUGGAUCUCGAAUACAUCUCCAGAACUCUCAGCUUGCCACUAAUACGCAAUUGUCAUCCUCUGCCCCUGCGCCUAACAUGCUGGAGCAGAUCUGGGGACGACGCGAGCCAAGAAAACAUCUUUUGUCAACGAGUUCUUUGGCUGAGGAGCCGUUCGGUGGAUCGUCAUCAUCUUUGGGUUUGGCCUCGCCCGCUCCUGAGCUGAGCAUUGAUGAGAGCUUCUUGGAUUCGGAUGAUGAAUCCGAAGUGAACUACGAUUCAGACUCUGACUACGAGUCAUCAAUGAUGCAAGACACAAGCCUGCUUGGAACUUCUGUUGGUUCAAACAGUGGCGCCCGCAGCAAAGAACGCCACUUUUGGCAGUACAACGUGCAAGCUAAAGGACCUAAGGGCCAACGCGUUAGUCUGGAGCCCCACCUGACUGAUCCUCAUCAGCUGGUCACCAUCGCUGACCCUGUCUUCUCUCAUGCUGUGGGCUCCAUUCAAGGCAUUAAACAUAGUGGGAAAGCUCGUCGAGGUGAUGGCAAUGAUCUUAGUCCAAAUCCAGUCAAGUUGGUCAACAUCGGAAAACAACUUGGCGCUUUGAAUAAGAUGAUCAUGGACAUGACCCCAGUUUCGGAGCAGCCUUUCCACAUCCGACCGAAGUCGCGGAAAGAGAAAAACAAACUUGCAUCAAGGGCUUGUCGUCUGAAGAAAAAAGCUCAGCAUGAAGCUAACAAGAUUAAACUGUACGGGCUUGGAGAAGAACACAAACUUCUUUUGAUACAAGUGCGCCAGUGCCGUGCUAUACUUGCCAAGAAAUACUUGCUUCGCAAAGAAGUCUCCAGUGACGUGGAAAACGCUGUCAAAAUUCAGUUGCAGCUCACCGAGCAAUUAAACGCUUUGUCUUCCAAUAAACCAUUCCAAAUCGCGGGUCAGACGACUGAUUUCGUAAACAACGUCAUCGACAAAUGUCGCCGUGGUCGCACCAGUGGCGGCCUCGACGAGCUCGCUCAGAGUCUUGAUGGCCUCUGCACCUCUGCAGGCUCAGGGCCUGACGGCGCAGGUGCGGAAGGCUACGGUCUCGGGACUGUCACCGACUACAUGGCAGAGUUCAAUUAAGUAUCGUCUGCGAAAUGGUUUAUUAAGGGCAAUCUAAUGGCAAGCAGAAGCGCCUUCACAGCGAUUUGCUUUUCAGAAUGUGCUCGUCGAAACGAUACAAUUUCUGCACGAUUGGAAACAACGAUUUGCUUCAGUGACCUUGGAGGUACAUUUUAUUAAUGAUACGUUUCCUAUGCAAGUUGGAAACUUCCGAUCGUAAGCACAUGCUAAGGUCAAUUAGUUAUAAAUUGGAAGCUUUUUUUUUUCUUUGUAACGUGUUGAAUCGUUAUUUAUUAAAGCGUGUGCCAAAAAGCCGGUUUUGUGGUUACAAGAUUGUUCCCUCAGUUCUAAACUAUUUCUGGAUUCACUUUCUGCAUUUGGUAGAACAUGUUGUUGAUUUCCUCUAAUUUCAUAGUUUAUCAAUGGUAGAUGAAUAGAUGGAGGGCUGGUUCUUUAUUAUAAGUUAAUUUCGUGGUGUUUAAGGCCUACCUGGGUGCUAAUAAAGAGUAUUCCUCUUUAUAUGAAAUCUGCCAUUCCAUUCAUUAUUUGAAGGAAUUACUUCUAAGCGUCUGGAAACGACUGUAUAUAGGCAUCACAAGAAUGUUGAUUGUUCUCACAUCUCGUUAACUGUCAUUCAAUAGUAGUUGUUAAUUCUAUACCGGCUUCUUGAUGUUACCGUUUUAUAUCCUCUCAUCUGUCUUGGAUGUGUAUACGGUUUUUACGUAUCAACCUCAUAGAUCUUUGUGCGGCUGAUUAUAACUUAUUUAAUCAUGACUUUCUUCCUCUAGCCCGUGCAUGUUCUUCCUCGAUUAUAUAUCUUUCAAUUUUAAUGAUCGACCCUCUCUAUACUGCAGUUUCUAUAGCAUAUUUUUUAAGUUUACUCUUCCUAUCAAGUUUCUUGGUUUGAGUUUUCUACCUACUACGUAUAACUGUAAAUGCUGUUAAGUGUAAUCAUGAGAUGAUGUACGUUUUUGUGAUCAUUAGUCUUACAAAUAUGAUAGCUGGAGCUAAUCGUGUUACUUUAAUUUGGUAUUUUCGUCUUAUUUAUUAAUUGCCUAACUCCUCGUCGUAAAUGAGUAAGUCUACCAGGUCAUAAGCAACAUAUCUGAUCAUUCAAUAAUUAUAAAUUUAUUAGUUCUCCAAUCUUGAGAUCGUUCAAGCAUCCCAACUUAAUAACGCUUUGGUGGCAUAAAAUAUUAAUUUUUUGUCAAUGAUAACUAGUCAUUUGAAUAAUCAAUCAUUCAAAGGACGGUCAAGUGCUGGAAAUAAGUAAGUAUCUCCUAAAAUGUGAUGAUCAAGUUCAUGUGUCUGCAGAUAGUCAUGUUGUAAAAAACGUCUGCUGCGCGGAUGUUUUUUUUUUUUAGAUUGAAAGCUAUUAAAACUUUUUCAUUUCAACGACUGCAUUACUUUCUAAGUCAAGAUAAAUUUUACACACAAUGGUAACACGAUUGGAAUUUGGUUCUAGCCUACAGCUCUGGUCUCAUGGCGCCUGUGCUGUCGAUUCGUAAGGAAAUAAACUCACUAACACGUGCGUUGAAUUUCUGUAGUCAGCAUUGCGCCAAGAAACGAUAAAAAUGUGCAGCAAUUUAUAUGGCAUGAAAUAGUUUAAGUUAAAUUUAAAUCGUAGAAUUAUAAGAUGUUCCGCCAAUUUAUGUGCUCGGGUACGUUAGUCUUGAAAUUUCUUUGGCUUAGCUUAGAGGUUUGGCAGUCAUACUUGCCAUUUUUUUUACAUUUCCUAUUGCUCUAGUAAAUCCUGACAUCGGAUGAAUUUGAAGCGAGACUGUAAUGCUCUCUGAAUGAUCCACUGCCCGAAACUUGUUUUGUGUUAUCAUAAAUUUUUAGUCCUCCAACAGUUUCAUAUACAGAAAUCGGUUCAUGUAGUGUCAUGAAGACAUGUAAAAGUUAACUUCGACAUUUUUGAUAGAUUCGUUAAGGUUUCUACAUGCAGAUCAUUCUGACUCUUCAGAUUUACUUUUACGUCCGAGUUUACUUUUAGUCUGCUAAACACAUGCACACAAUUCUUGAACUUCGUGUUUUUCUUUGGUAUUGUUCAUUUACCGAUAAUAAUAGCGAGGCAGAAUUAUUCUAAGUAGCCGACUGUGAAGGAAUGCCACCGUUUUGCUCAAUUUAUAGAAUUAAUGGAGGAAUAGUUGACUUGAACUGCCUUAAAAUUGGUAUUGAAGGUAUACGUAUAAGAAAAUUUGUUGCUUGGUAGAUUAGUUGAAAAAAAUAUUUUGUAUUGCCGGUACAAGCUCUCCAACGAGUAAAUUGAAAUUUCAACCCACUACUUAUGAAACAUAAAGCGUCUAAAAAUGUAUUAGUUUCAUAAGCAGGCAGAAGUUGCACGUCCCAGAAACAGUAUGAAUAGUUCGUUGCUGAAAUGACCAGAGUUUUUUUUUU